AUGUCGCUCAACUUUGCGGGAGCUGCGGUUUCCGCACUGCUAUGUCUCACUACUCUGUUUUCCAUUGUCGCUGCUGAAGAUCCGUAUAAGUUCUUUGAAUGGAAUGUUACUUAUGGCGACAUCUACCCACUUGGUGUGCGCCAAAAGGGGAUACUCAUCAAUGGUCAAUUCCCAGGCCCAGAUAUUCACUCUGUUACCAAUGACAAUCUCAUCAUCAAUGUCUUCAACAGCUUGGACGAGCCAUUUCUCAUCUCCUGGAAUGGAAUUCAACAGAGAAGGAAUUCAUUUGAGGACGGCGUGUACGGAACAACAUGUCCAAUACCACCAGGGAGGAACUUUACCUACAUUCUACAAGUCAAGGAUCAAAUUGGGAGUUUCUACUAUUUCCCGUCUCUUGCGUUCCACAAGGCUGCUGGUGGUUUUGGAGGCAUCCGAAUUCUCAGCAGGCCCAGAAUUCCCGUCCCUUUCCCUGAUCCAGCUGGUGAUUAUACUGUUCUUAUUGGGGAUUGGUACAAGUCUAAUCACACGAGCUUGAGGGCUCAUCUGGACGCUGGUAAGAAGCUGCCUUUCCCUGAUGGAAUCCUUAUCAACGGUCGCGGGCCCGGUGGAUUUUCUCUUAAUUUCGAACAAGGCAAAACUUACAGGCUGAGAAUAUCCAACGUUGGGUUGCAACACUCCCUCAACUUCCGAAUUCAAAACCACAAUUUGAAGCUUGUAGAAGUGGAGGGAACACACACCCUGCAAACCACCUACUCAUCGCUUGAUGUACACGUGGGCCAAUCUUACUCCGUUCUAGUAACCGCUGAUCAGCCCGGGCAAGACUACUACAUUGUGGCUUCCUCUCGUUUCACCACUCCGAUCCUCACCACCACCGGCACUCUUCAUUACACCAACUCUGCUGGCCGAGUCUCUGGCCCACCCCCCGGUGGACCUACCAUCCAAGUUGACUGGUCUUUGAACCAGGCCCGCUCUAUCAGGACCAAUCUUACAGCAAGUGGACCCAGGCCAAACCCACAGGGUUCCUACCACUAUGGACUGAUUAACACAACCAAGACUUACGUGCUGGAAAAUUCUGCCGGGCAAGUGAAUGGCAAGCAAAGAUAUGGAGUGAAUAGUGUGUCGUUUGUCCCGGCAGACACUCCCCUCAAGCUGGCGGACUACUUCAAAAUUGGAGGAGUUUUCCGCGUAGGAAGCAUCUCUGACAGGCCUACUGGCGGGGGAUUGUACCUUGACACCUCCGUCUUGGGUGCUGAUUACAGAACCUUCGUCGAAUUUGUGUUCCAAAACAACGAAGACAUCAUUCAGAGCUGGCAUCUUGAUGGUUACUCUUUCUUUGUUGUUGGUUUGGAUGGAGGGCAGUGGACGCCCAAUAGCAGGAAAGAGUACAAUCUCAGAGAUGCAGUUUCACGUUGCACCAUUCAGGUGUAUCCCAAGUCAUGGACGGCAAUAUAUGUAGCACUUGAUAACGUAGGAAUGUGGAACUUGAGGACUGAGUUUUGGGCACGGCAAUACCUUGGACAACAAUUAUACCUGCGUGUUUAUACUCCCUCAACUUCCAUUAGGGAUGAAUACCCCAUCCCCAAGAAUGCACGCCUUUGCGGUAGAGCAGCUGGCCGACGCACACGACCACUCUAA